GCGGGUUGGUCGGUUUUUAAAAAAUGGCCGGAUUGCCCGAAUGCCCGCGUGUGUGCAGCGCAGGCACGGGGCGCUCAGGGCCGUGCGCGCUUGGGAUGACCCGGCCAUGGAAGCGCAGCGGCAGCGAGCCGGGGAGGCUACCCGCUUGCCGAUGAAGACGCGCGGGGCACAGCAGGGGCCCGCGGCCGGGAGCAGAGCCAGCCACUGCUGCAGGGAUCGGGUGCCGCUGGUUCCCUGCGGCGGCAGCAGUUCCCAGUUGGGACUGGGCGCCCUUCGCGUAGCAACCCCGCAUUGCUCGUAAUAUUGCGGCUCCGCGUGAAAGGGCCGACGCGGAGGAAAGGAAGGCGCUCGGGCGUCGAGCAGGGAACGCAGAUCUCAGCGAGGAGGAGGAGGAGGAGGAAAAAAGGUGAGGGCGGGGGGCAGCAGCCAGCAGCAGCCAUGCUGCCCGGGGUGGGCGUGUUCGGCACCAGCCUGACCGCCCGGGUCAUCAUCCCGCUGCUAAAGGACGAGGGCUUCGCGGUCAAGGCUCUCUGGGGCCGCACUCAGGAAGAGGCGGAAGAGCUGGCCAAGGAGAUGAGCGUCCCCUUCUACACCAGCCGGAUAGACGAGGUCUUGCUGCAUCAGGAUGUGGAUUUGGUCUGCAUCAACCUGCCGCCUCCCCUGACCAGGCAGAUCGCGGUGAAAACUCUGGGGAUUGGGAAGAAUGUCAUUUGUGAUAGAACAGCCACUCCGCUGGAUGCCUUUAGGAUGAUGACAGCUGCCCACUAUUAUCCCAAGCUCAUGAGCAUCAUGGGCAAUGUUCUCCGUUUCCUGCCUGCCUUUGUGAAGAUGAAGCAGCUGAUCCAAGAGGGCUAUGUGGGAGAACUGCUUGUGUGUGAGGUACAGGUUCACAGUGGGAGCCUGCUGGGGAAGAAAUAUAACUGGAGCUGCGAUGAUCUGAUGGGAGGUGGAGGGUUGCAUUCUGUUGGUACCUACAUCAUUGAUCUCCUGACCUUCCUCACCAGUCAGAAAGCAGUGAAAGUUCACGGACUUCUUAAGACCUUUGUGAAACAGACAGACCACAUUAAGGGAAUACGGCAAAUUACGAGUGAUGACUUCUGUACAUUUCAAAUGGUCUUAGAAGGUGGGGUGUGCUGCACUGUUACCCUUAAUUUCAACAUGCCGGGGGAAUUUAAACAAGAUAUUGUUGUGAUUGGAUCAAGUGGUCGGCUAAUUGCAGUAGGCACUGAUUUGUAUGGACAAAGCAAUAACUCCCCACAAAAAGAACUCCUUUUGAAGGAUUCUGCCCCAGUCAGCAAUGCCUUGUUACCUGAGAAGGCCUUCAGUGACAUCCCAUCUCCAUACCUUCGGGGCACCAUAAAGAUGGUACAAGCAGUCAGGGAGGCAUUUGAAGAUCAGGAUGACAGACGAACCUGGGAUGGCCGGCCACUCACAAUGGCUGCAACUUUUGAUGACUGUCUCUAUGCUUUGUGUGUGGUGGACACCAUUAAAAGAUCCAACCAGCUGGGUGAAUGGCAGAACAUUGUGAUUAUGACUGAAGAACCAGAACUGAGUCCUGCUUACUUGAUCAGUGAGGCCAUGCGGCGGAGCAGGAUGUCUCUGUACUGCUAGCUUUUUGUCUUGGGGGAAGAAGGAAGUGAAUUGAUUCAGUUUUUUCUUGACAGAAAUAUGACUACACAUCUCAGGCCUGGACAAGGGAAACAGUUUAAGGAAACAAUAAUUGUUGCUUGAACCACAUUGCCUAGUUGGUGCUGAAAUAGUAGAUGCAUUUGAAAUGCUCAUAGCACAUAGUAGUUGCAGAUCCUUAUGAAGGAAAAAUGUGCAUUAACUUUUUACAAAAUAGUAGGAAGGUAAAUCAUAAUCAGUUUGCAAUCUGUUGGAGCAUGGCUGAUUCAGUUGUGUUUACUGUUAAAAAGAAGAUUCAGGAAGGUCCAAUUGGACAUUACAAGACAACAGACCACAAAGAUGCUUGAAUCAGAAACCUGUGCAGAUUCUACAGGCUUACCCACAGCUUCAAGGAGCUCCACUGAUAAAGCAUGCUACAUGAGUUAAACAAUACAGUAAGAACAUUUGGCAUGAAUGUGUUAUCUGCUCUCAAAGAAACCUGGCAGCUUGGCUUUUAUAGCUAACAUGAAUGAAGCUUUUGGAUCUUUUUUCUUUCCCUUUCUAUGGAAUGUAACUUGAACAAGUAGGGUUUCUUUCCCAAUUCAGAUUUCUCCAAAUUCAUAGUAUGUUCCAUCUCAGGUUCCAGAUGCCCAGGCUUGGCAGGCUUUGAUUCAAAGCACAAAAAUCUAUAUAAAAAAUAGGUUUGGGCGAAAAUUAGUUUAGGGUAGCUACGUAAUGUUUGAUAAGCUUAGAUUCCUGGUAAAUUCCAGGGUGAUGUUUGCUAAUCUAUCAGAGCAAAACCACGCAUGAUUCCUGUGAUAUCUUAAUAUGUUUAUUGUAGCAUAGAUUUUCAUGGACUGGGGCCUUCUUUUGUUAGAAGCAUGAAGUAGUCUAUCUAACAAAAUGGAUUUAGUUGCAAAAAGACAUAUUGUUAUAUAUUACUUGGUUCUCAAGAAAUUACAAGAUUACUAGUUGUCUCUGAUUUGGAAGUAUAUCUUUAGGUCUCAAACUUGGGGAAGAGAGGGAGGUGAUCAACAAAGCAUAGGUUUGAGCCAAACCUCAUAUAUUUUAGGCAAAACCUGUACAAAACAAAAUGUGAUGCCUCUCCAGAAUUCCUAGCCAGUAAGGAAAGUGCCAGCUUACAGAAAAACUGAUUUAACUGAAGGGGAGGUGAGAUGUGGCAAAGGAUAGUUUUUGUAUGUUUGAGUUGGACAGUUUGUUCUUGUUGUGGAAGCAUUCUCUGUGAUCUGAUAAUCAGAACGUUCGGCAGUUUUACUGCAAUAUUGUUUGAGUCUCCAUUCCGUAUCAUAAUGACAACAGGUGGGCCUUUUGUCCUGUUGCUCUCAAGCAGAUCAUUCUCUGGGAUCUUCAUUAUGAAAACUCGCAUCUUAAUGAGCUAUAAAUGUUCCUUUGUUUCACUUUUAAAAAUUCAAAUAAAUAUUGGAGGUAUUACUUGGAACUGCAGGUUUCAUAUUACUUUAUCUCUAGAACUGAAAUUAUCCUGCAGGAAUUGAUAUAUAUUUCCUUGUAGCAAAAGUUGCCAGAGCUUGUUAGAUUAAAAAAGCCAUUUGAUCCAAAACUACCUGCAGCCUAGACCAAGACCAAGACUAAGACUCAGGAAUUGUCUUUGGUGGGUGAACUGAGCCAAUGAUAGCCCAAAAUGGUGGGGAUCCCUAUUCCUUCUCUGAUAUCCCUUUUUCCCCCUCUACUUGGCACUGCUGUAUUUCUUUUGUUUUUCUCUCCCAAGUAGCAGAGUGUAGGUCCUUGACUGAUUUCCUGCAGAGAGAUUUUGAAAUUAUGAUAACCACCACAGGUGUGUCCUUAGUUAAACCUCAUUACAGUAAUUUGCUUUUAGAAAUAGCACUGCCAAGUCUCAUCCUGGAGAAUCAUCAUCCUGUCUUUUGGUUGAUUCUACAAGUUAUGAAGGAAAAAAACCAUUGUGCUUCCUUCCAUAUAUACCUUGCUUAUUCUCUGGUCUGGGAUGCCAUCUGUAAACUCUCCUUGAUAAAUUUCAUCAACAAUCCUCUUAAGAAAGCCCUAGUUUGUUUACAAUGUCGCCUUCCCCAGAAACCUUUACUAUUAAGAAUGCUGAGAGUUACACUGGCUUAAAAUUACAGUAUACCUUUUAGGUGGGAAAUGCACUUGGGUUUUUGUUUUUUUUGGGGGGGAGGGAGGAAUUGUUGAAGGGCUACAGGGUUUUAGUCAUAAAGUCAUGAUGUCACCAGAGAGGAUGGGACUGAUUUUUUUUUACUGUGUUUUGGGGAAAGGAAACGUUGGGAGGGUUUAAAUAUCUAUUUUAGGAGGUUAUUGCAUUAAAAAGAAGUUGCACUGGUGAAAAUAACAAUUUUCCUGGCAACAUUGUGAGAACUAAAUCUGGCCCACAAGCCACAGAUGGUCCACUCUUGCUUUAUACCCUAAUUUGCAUUUUGCCGACAACUGAUCUUCGCUAGAUGUUAAUAAAAUGCCAAAGGUCAGGAACUAAAGAUUUAUGAAAAUUAUACUUAGUUGGUAGGGCUUGAUUUAGCACCUUGCAUGUAUAACUGGGAGAACUGCAUUAAUUUCAGGAACUGGAUUGAGCCCAUUUUGUAUAAAGUCAGAUGAGAAAUAGUAGAAACAGAAGAAUCCUGUUCUACCAUGGAAUUCUUAUGUACUUGAACUUGCCUUAUCUAGCUUAAUAUGGGGGAGAGGAGAUUAAAGGAGAAUCUGUUAUUGGGGCAUCUUAACAGCAUCAUGAGUGAUCUCUGCUGACUGCUAAGGUAUUUCACUUGUGUCUGUAUAUGAACUGAAAGAGCAUCUUUUAAUAAAGGGUCUCUGCAAGUGUCAGUAAUAUAACCUCCCUUGCUUUUCCUUCUCUCCCAGAUCUAAAGAGCUUGAGUACAAUUGAAAUAUCAGGUGGGUGGACAGGAAUAUGUUUGCACUAAGAAAAAGUAGAAUGUAAUGGCAUCACUCUCUUUAAAUUAUUACCACUAUCCCUUCAUCCCCGUUCAAAGAUUCACACACACAGCAUCAGGAUUCAACAGAGUCCUAUAGAGAGAUAGAUGAUACUUGGUACCAAGUAAUGGAUGGAAGAAUAAAUUUAAAACAGGAAAAUGCAUAAAGCAUUGGAGAAGUGACGUUGUUGGGCUUGAUACUCCAUUUACUUGAUAAUAGACAAGCCUUCCCCAACUUCAUAUUCUUCAGAUACGUUGAAACUACAGCUCCCAUAAUCCUAGUGAAUGCUGACUCUGCAGUUUGGCAGAUGUGGUUCUAACGUAGCUGAAGGGCACCAGAUUGGAGACGGCUGCUAUAGAACAUUAAAACUUCUCCACCGCUGCUGCUGCACUGUCAGUCUCUAUCUGAACAAUCCUUGCAGAAUGACUUACUCUCUGAUUGACAGGUUUUUCACAUUAUUUUAAAAAAAUAAAAGGAGGGAUGCCUAGUGGGAUCAUCUGUUAUUUCAUUCCAUCCUAGGCAGAUUUAGUUAGUUUAGCCUUCGUUUUUGUCAUUCUGCUGUGCUGCUUUAUAAGGGCGCUGAAGAUGACAGAGGUACUUAGCUCUGUAAAUCUUCUUCCGUAUAAAAAAUAGCACUCCCAUGAUUGAUUGCAACUCUCUCCUUGAUCUGGUUCUUGAAGACAUUUUCCUCUUUAUUUUUAACUUUGAACAGUCAAGUGUA